CGUUCGCUACGGUUCACGCUUCACGGUUCAUCAGUGUUUUGCGAAUAGCACUACAAUCCUUUCAAUCGCAAAUUCCAUGUUCAUGGUUUCGCGAGUGCGCGUGAUAUUUGUUGUGCAGUUUCAAGUAAUCGCCAAUAAUCUGCAACCUUUGUGAACGGUCCUGGUGCACGGGCGAAAGAGUAAGAAAGAACGUGGAACGUGGUGUCUAUUGUUUGGCGAAGGUAAAAAAAAUUGUGUUGCAGAUAUAACGUGCUUCGAACAAAAGUUUCCAAAACCGUGCGCAUAUUGCGUUUUUGUUGGAUGCUGCGCGUGGAUGUGUUUUGAUCGAUGCCGACUGUCAACAAUGGGGUACUGCUAGUACUAGCAUCAUUUCCAUUUAGUAUAUCCCCCUCUUCCUAAAUCAAUCAUUUCCCCAACGUGCACGGCAAUUGCAGCGGAAGUGUGCAAACGUUACGUGACAUAUACAGACGUGUGCACAGGGAAGAAAGCAGUGAAAUUAACCUACUUUUCCGGGUGCAGACGUGUGCGCGUGUAUCUGGCUGUGGGGGCAUCGAUGUGGUUCGAUGUCAUCACCAAAGUAUGCAUACGAAAUUGGGCAACUGUUGAAGAAUCUGAAUGCGACCGCGGACGGCAGCACCAUGCCCGACCAACAUAACUCCCACGGCGUGCUCAGCUGGACCAGUGAAAACGUAAGCGAAUGGGCACGGAAGGAAGGCCUGUCGCGACGCAUCAUCGAGUGGAUUGCACGCGAAGAUGUCGAUGGCCGAUGUCUGCUGGCGAUUACCGAACAGGAUGUGCACGAUCUACCGCAACACUGUGCCACGCAGCUCCGGUUCGGUGAUAUCAAACGGUUCUGGUUUGCCACCAGGCUUCUGCAGCGCCAGCAUUUGGCCACGACCGGGCCGCUCGGAAUGGCGGGCCUUUGGACGCCGGACUACAGUAUGAAUGGUAGCGACAUGUCAUCUCCGCACGGUCACCAUCCAAUGCACCCGCACAACCAUCAUCAUCAGCCUCACCAUCAUCCGGGUGGGGCCGGUUCCCAUGGCGGCAUCGGAACGCCCCAUCAUCCCUCCACGUCCAACCUGCACCACCAUCCGCACCAUACCUCGCUACUGUCCAGCAUGGGCACUAGCUACGGUUCGGUUGGAUAUAGCUACAGCGACCUGGAACGCAUUUCACCGCCAAUGUCCAUCGACGGUUGUGCCACGUGUAUUCAGCCGGAAUUUUUCAAAACGAUGAUAAGUUUAGGUUACGCCUUUCUAGUUACCUGGAUCACAGCAUUCGUAAUGGUGGUGGUACACGAACGUGUGCCGGACAUGAAAAAGUAUCCACCCCUGCCGGACAUCUUUCUCGACAACGUGCCCCACAUACCGUGGGCGUUUCACAUGUGUGAGGUAACCGGCACGAUACUGUUCUGCAUCUGGAUGUGCGUUCUGGUGGUGCACAAGCAUCGCAUGGUGUUGCUGCGACGUUUCUUUGCCCUGGCCGGCACCGUGUUUCUGCUGCGCUGCGUUACGAUGCUAAUUACGUCGCUGAGCGUACCGGGAACGCAUCUGGAAUGUACACCGCAUGAUCACAAAUUCGACGACAGCAACGUGCGUAUAACGGAAAUGAUCUACCUUCGAAUCAGUCGUGCCUACACAAUCUGGAGCGGACUCGGCAUGUCCAUACAGGGCGUCCGUACUUGCGGUGACUACAUGUUUAGUGGACACACCGUUGCCCUGACAUUGCUUAACUUCUUCAUUACGGAAUAUACCCCCCGGAACCUGUACUUCCUGCAUACGCUCACCUGGCUGUUGAACAUGUUUGGAAUAUUCUUCAUUCUGGCCGCCCACGAGCAUUACUCGAUUGACGUGUUUGUGGCGUUCUACAUAACGUCGCGACUAUUUUUGUACUAUCACACGCUAGCUAACAACCAGGCCCUGAUGUCACACGAUUCCAACCGAACACGCAUAUGGUUUCCGAUGUUUAGCUACUUCGAAAGCUCCGUCGACGGUAUCAUCCCGAACGAGUACGACACGGUGUACGGUGUACUGUACAAGAUGUUUGCUUGCGUGCUGUACGUAAAGGACGUAUGUAUGCUAACCGCUCGCCGGUUCUGGAUCACCAACAUUGAUGGACCGGCCGGUGUGCUCAAGACGAAGGUAUUACUCCAACACCUGCACCAAAAGCAAGGUCAAUCUCAAACGGCGACAUCGAAAAAUCAAACACCACCACCAAACGAGGAAGAGUUGGUGUCACCCGCAAAUGCGGAAGCGAUGAUCGCCGAGCAAACCGAAAGCACGCGGCCACCGAAUGCUCAACAAGGACUGAUUUCGAACAAUCUCGAACACAACGCAACCACUGUUCACAAUCGCACACCGGAGAGAAAACCCGUCAAGUGUAACAAUAUCAACGCGGAGCAUGACGUCGCCAGCCUUAAGCGUAAGUCCUAUGGCAAUGUUAAUGCGACCCUUCCAAAGAUCGUAAACGAUGCGGUAAAGUUAAACAACAAUAACAACAACAGCAGCAGCAACAACAAUCAUCUUCCUCCCGGCGGACCAAAGGACAAUACCAAGAAGGAACACUAGUGUGUAUUGUAACUGUUAGGAUCGGGGCGUGUUGCUGUUUCAAUUGUACCCCUUAAAAAUUUAAAAGUUUUUUUAUAAACUGGAGGCUUUUGAAGUGCAACGAUUCUACUCGGGCAAGGCUUCCGUAGUUUACUAUUUAAUUUAACAACUACCAUUAAAAUUCACUAAAGCUGCGUUCGUUUGGGGUUAUUUAGUGCGUAAUGUUAACACACCUUUUGUUCUCUGUUAUCUCCGAGUGAAUACGAUUAAAAUGUUUAUUCAGAUACGGAAUGAUUAGUAACAGUUAACUGUUAACAGGCAGCGGUUAGGUGGCAGAUAAUGAAUCGAAAUCGGAUUUUCGUACAACGAUCAAAAACAAACCACCGUGUUGCCUUCGGGUAGUUGUGGCACGGAAGACAAACUUUGUGAUAUUGUUUUUAAAAGUAAUGCUCUCAGCCAUUGCCGUUUUGUUUGCUCAUUUCGUUUGAUCGUUUUUGUCUCGCGUUCGCGGUUUUAUCCUCAUAGUUAGUUCAUCUUCAUUUCCUAUCGUCGUUCUAUUUAUUGUCAUUCCUCUUCGCAAUGGGGCGAGUCGAUAUAAGUUUGGAAGGUUUUUUUUUAGAAUUAAAGAGUUAUUACGUCGCAAGUUACGUCCGUCAGUGGUUAAAUUAUAGCAGUAUGCGAUAGUGUGUAAGGUGACGCGCACCGCCAAAAAUCCGAUGGAACAAUAUGAAACUCUACCAUGAGAAUACCAUGAUACACACAUGCAUAUAUAACUUAAGAACUUUCCCACAAGUCCAGCCGCGAAUCUGGGGCAAUAACAGCGUGGAAAUAACACCGGUAAUACUAGUCGAAACCAGUCUUACAGCGCGAAUAGGUAUAUAGUAACGUCAGAACAGUAUAAUAAUUGCUCCUUUUCUUAGGCCCCUUCUUCGGGGCAGUGUAUGAUAAGAACCUAUUCCGUCUCACCUUUCUUCAGCCUUUGCACAACCAAUUGAGUAUCGUAGUGUGAUCAAAACGUGUAGCCACCUCUAGGCUUUAGUAAUGAAUUAACAAAAAUAUUACGAUAGCCGUACUCCAAACAUCCAUAUGGCCAAAAUUGUAGCAAAAACUUAAAAACCCAACAAUAUACUUUUGCAACGUAAUGAAGAUCACGUUCAUUCGUUUUUUCCUUCGGUAUUUUACGACUUGCUUCCCUUAACUAGUACGAUUUUCAUUAGUAACGAACAAAUGACUCAAUACAAAACGCACAUACAACACAACUCAAAAGCAAUAGGAGCUUCUAACGGCACUUGAAUCAGGAAUAGUGUAGAUUUUAUAAAUACUCCGUCAGCGUAUCUGGUAUGUCUGUUGUGGAUGGGAAUGGAAAUUUGUUUAGUAAGUAGAUUUUGCAACGAACCGAAAUGAAGAGAAAUAUAA